AUGAUAGCAGGCCUAUCGACAACCAUCCAAGCCAAAGAAAGCCGAACCUUCGCCGUAAACCACUUCUACGGCAACGGUGCCCUAGUAACAGGCCGUAUGGACCCAAUCACCAACCCAGGCGUCGCAGCGUCUCACGUCCACACAAUCCAAGGUGGAAGCAACUUCAACCUAACAAUGACGGACGGUGCUCUCCCAUCCUCAAACUGCACCUCGUCCCUCGUAGACGCCGACAAAAGCAACUACUGGACACCGUCCCUCUACUUCCAAGCCAGUAACGGAAGUUUCCUCUCCGUCCCAAUGUUCUACAUGAACGUCUACUACUUCUUCGAAGCAACAGAUGACGAAAUAAAACCCUUCCCAGUCGGUCUACGCAUGCUCAGCGGCGACAAAAGUCUACGCACACCCCCAGCAGGCGGUGCAUCCAACGUCCUCGACACAAACGCAGGAGUGAUCCAACCCGUUCAAUGGACUUGUCCGCGCACAUCCUACAACCCACCCUCCUACCCAGCAUCCUCGGAUGGACUCCACGGCGUCGGAAUCCAAGACCCGAAUAACGCAGGCGCGGGCGCUGGAUUCCCGCAUGUUAAUUGUGAUGGGUAUGCGUCGCCUCUGCGUGCCGAUAUCCAUUUCCCGUCUUGUUAUAAUCCCGCUGCUGGGCUGGGUGAUUAUAAGAAUAAUAUGGCUUGGCCUAGUAGUAAGGGGACUACGGGGGGCAAGACGAAUUGUCCGGACGGGUGGGUUCAUGUUCCUCAUAUCUUUUACGAGGUUUAUUGGAAUACGCCGCUUUUCGAGGAGUUGUGGACGCCGGGGAUGGGAGAGCAACCUUUUAUCUUGAGCAAUGGGGAUCGGACUGGGUAUUCGCUUCAUGGGGAUUUCAUUUCCGGUUGGGAUGAGGCUGUUCUGCAGAGGAUCAUUGAUAACUGCGAUGCUGGUGACCUGGGUAUGGAUAAGUGUGCUGAUGCUGGAUUUAUCAAUGAUGCGUCGACCAGUUGCAAUAUCGCCAAUCAGAUUAUCGAACCCAUCUUUGGUGUUCUGGAUAAGUUGCCUGGUGAUAAUCCCCCGACUGGGUGGGGGCAGGGCGCAGAGGAUGUGCCUUCGUCUAGUGGAGAGAGUGUCUCGGUCACCACUACUGCCCAGUCCAAUGUCAAAACUGCUGCACCUUCAGACACGACCGGAACAGACAGCUCCAUCUCCGGCUGGUCAUACCUUGGCUGUUACUCGGAUAAUGUAUCUGCUCGCGCCCUGACAGGAAUCCAAUUCGCAAACCUCGGUGUCGGCAAAGUCACUUCAACAGCCUGCACAGAUUACUGCGCCAAAGCAGGCUUCAGUUUGGCAGGAACUGAGUAUGCGGGUGAAUGUUUCUGUGGCGACAAACUGGAGGGAAGUGUCAAGAUUGGGGCGGAGAAGUGUGAUAUGAAGUGCAAUGGCGAUGACUCGCAGAUUUGUGGUGGUAAUGCUGCACUGAGUGUGUAUGAAAGCACCGAGAAGACUUCUACCCGGAAGCUGAAGAGACAUUUGCGGAGUCACCUGCGUGGAAUUCACGCCUGA